AUGGCCGCGCGUUUUACGGCCGCGCAGGUUCUAGAACAGAUCUUGUCCAGCGUGGACCAAGAAGACUACUCGGAUUGCCAGGAGGAGGAGGACGGAGAGGUUUCGGAAGAGGAAGACGGGGAGGAAUACAAACCAGAGAGCCGCGAGGUCGACGAUGCCUCUUCUCCCUCUUCUGAGGAAGAGCAGCCCGAGGAAGAGGCGCCCGAGGACGAGCACGAGGACGAGCACGAGGACCGCGGCGAGGAAGAGAUCUCCUCGGCCCCGGACCGACGGGAGCCGCCGUUGCUGUCGAAAAACGGCAAAAUCGAGUGGUCCCCCACUCCGGGCCCCACGGCCUAUGCCGCGACACAGGCCCGCGACAUCGCGUCCGCCUUCCACCUGUUUGUCACACCGGCGAUAGAAAGGAUAAUUGUGGAAAUGACGAACCUGCACGGGGCCAGAAAAUACGGCGACGGCUGGCGACCCAUGGACGCCACGGACCUGCGCGCCUACCUAGGGCUGCUGAUCCUAGCGGGCGUCUACAGGUCCCGGGGCGAGGCCGCGGCAAGCCUGUGGGACGCCGAGAGCGGCAGGACCGUGUUCCGAGUCACCAUGUCGCUCAAGGUUUUUCACAGGUACUCGAGGCUGCUGCGAUUCGACGACCGCCAGUCGAGACCCGCCAGACUCGCCACGGACAAACUCGCAGCCAUACGGGAGGUCUGGGACCUGUGGGAGGCGCGGCUGCCGGCCCUCUACAACCCGGGGCCCGACGUGACGGUGGACGAGCAACUGGUCCCGUUCAGAGGCCGCUGUCCUUUCCGUCAGUACAUCCCCAGCAAGCUGGCCAAAUACGGCAUCAAGUCGUGGGUGGCCUGCGACGCCAAGUCCAGCUACGCUUGGAAGAUGCAAGUGUACACCGGCAAGGCGGCCGGCGGAGGCCCCGAGAAGAACCAGGGGAUGCGCGUCGUCCUCGAUCUGACAACGGGCCUGAGUGGUCGCAACGUCACCUGCGACAACUUCUUCACCUCCUACGACCUGGGCCAGCGGCUCCUGGAGAGGAACCUCACCAUGGUGGGCACGGUGAUAAAGAACAAGGCCGAGCUCCCGCCCGCGCUGCUCGAGUCCAGGGGCAGACAGUUCCUGUCUUCCAGGUUCGCCUUCACGCCCACCGCCACUCUGGUGUCCUACCUGGCAAAGAGAAACAAGAACGUGCUACUCUUGAGCACGCUGCACACAGAGGGCCAAAUCAGCGAUCGCCGCGACAAGAAGCCGGCCCUCAUCCUAGACUACAACUGCAACAAUGGCGGCGUGGACAACCUAGACAAGGUGGUGGGCACCUACAGCUGCAGACGGAUGACUGCCCGCUGGCCCCUGGUCGUCUUCCACAACAUCCUCGACGUGUCCUCCUACAACGUCUUUGUCAUAUGGCGAGAGGUCAAGCCUGACUGGAUGCCUGGCAAGCGGAACAAGCGCAGGGUGUUCCUCGAGCAGCUGGGAAAGGCACUCGAGAAGCCGCUGAUCCAAAGAAGGCAGCAUCUGCGCCGCACCGAAGCGGCGUCAGCCCUUGUCAAAGUCCUACAGAGUGCUACGGCGGCGCCUCCUGAUCAACAGCGCCAGGGCCCCGCCGCUGGCACGGCCGCUGCCCCGCUCGUUGCCCCGGCCACCGGGGCAAGUAAGAGGAAGAGGUGUCAGCUCUGCCCACCCAAGAAGGACUCCAAGACACACACGGUGUGA